UCGCGGCUUGGCGGGAGGGCGGGCUCCGAACGGUGAUUGGCAGGCGCUGUAGCCAAUGGAAAAGAGAGGCGAAAGGGGUCCGAUUCUGGAAGCCAUUAACGCCACUGCCGCAGACUAGAGGCUCUCUUUGGUGCGGGUUUCGCCGGGGAGCUGGGGUCCUGGCCUUGCUCAACAAGAAGCUCUUCUCUUCCUUGUAGAAGGUGGGACUUGUGUCCUGGUCUGCCCUUCGGCUUGGCUCUCUCCAUUCUGCCAUCCUGUUUCACCUCUGGACUUCGCCUGGUGCUCACAGAGCCCAGCUGGUCUUGGGCCUCAAACACCCCAUGGCAAUGUCGUCUCCCCCAGCACCGCCGGCUAAGAAGCGGAAGAUGAACUUCUCAGAGCGGGAAGUGGAGAUUAUCGUGGAGGAGCUCGAGCGGAGCAAGCACCUCCUGAUCAACCACUACAACGCCGGCGUGCCUCUGGCUGCCAAGGCCGCCGCUUGGCACAACAUCCUGCGCCGUGUGAACGCCGUGGCCACUUGCCGACGGGAGCUGGCUGAAGUCAAGAAGAAGUGGUCCGACCUCAAGACGGAGGUCCGGCGCAAGGUGGCGCAGGUCCGGGCAGCCAUGGAAGGAGGUGGCGAAGGCCAAGACGGAAGCGGCGACGGCCAGGAUGCGGAAGACCCUACGGGUGCCACGGCGGCCCCAGUUAUACUCACCUCCAUGCAGCAGCGAAUCUGUAACCUGCUGGGGGAAGCCACCAUUAUCAGCCUCCCUGCCGGAGAUUGUACUGGUGCAGAUGGGACAGAAAUCCCUAUCACAGCUGCAGCCACUACGGUCACCCUUACUCAGAUUCCAGCAGAGACAACUUACCACAGCCUGGAGGAUGGCGUGGUGGAAUAUUGCACGACGGAAGCCCCCACCACAGUCACAGCCGAAGCCCCCUUGGAGAUGAUGGCUCAGCAGGCAGAGGUCUCUGUGAAGCCUCAGGAGCUGAAGAGCCGCAUCGCCUUGAACUCUGCCAAGCUUCUGCAGGAGCAGCGAGUGACCAACCUGCAUGUGAAAGAGAUCGCUCAGAACCUCGAGCAACAGAACGACCUGCUGCAGAUGAUCCGGCGCUCUCAGGAAGUGCAGGCGUGUGCCCAGGAGCGCCAGGCCCAGGCCAUGGAAGGCACCCAGGCUUCCCUCAAUGCCCUCAUCCAGGUCCUUCGCCCCAUGAUUAAGGAUAUCCGACGAUUCCUGCAGAGCAAUACUCCUUCCCCUUCCAUGACUGCAGACCAAAGCCAAGUGGCCCAAAACGGACAAGACAGCGAAGACAAUUAUGCCAUGAAAUAAAGCCAGGCACAGUGGCAUCUUUCAGCAGAGUAGAGCCUUUUAGCCAUAGACCUGGUUGAGAGAAGGUGCAAGGAAUGCCUCUUGCCACUGCGCAAACUGGCUUGGUACCUUUCCCUAGAUGCCAAAAGCUCUUUGUGGAUUAUUCCUGGGGAAGGGUUUUUUUCCCAUCCUUUUUUCAAAAAAUUGUUUAACAAGUCCAUGACAAACUCUUCAUUGGUCAUGCAGGACAAACUCGGAACUGGACACUGGGCUUUAAAAAUAAAAAUACACAAAUCACAAAGGAAAAUAGCAUGUACAUACAUAUAUAUAUAUAUACAAAGGCAUCUUUUGUUUUCCUCAUUGCUAUUUCCUGGGAUUCUUUAAGGUGAGGGACUGAGAUCGACGGCUAAACAACUGUCCAAAAGCGGCCCAUCUAAGAAGUCCUGCGCUUUGUGGCUGGCACCCCAUUGCCAUGUUUGGAUCUACAUUGGCUUGUCAUCCAUUCUUGCGCUAGGCAAAGGGCCUUCUAGGACUUAGCCCUCCAGAUAUGUUUGACUGCCAACUUCUGUCAUCCCCAGCCAGCAUGGCAGUUAGCAGGGAAGUGCCAGGAGGAGUUGUAAUCCAGCACACAAGAGAGGCACUCAGUUAAGGAAAAGCGAUUUAGACCCUGUCAUCCCACAGGAGGGAGCAGAAAAAACUGGAAGACCCUAGCUCAAUAGUAGAGCAUCUGUUCGAGAUUCCAUUGCAAGCAUCUCCAGCUAAAAACUUCAGGUAAAAGGCAACCAGAAAGGCCUCUCUCUCUGUCUCCUGAGACCUGGAGAGAUGACAAUGGACAAAUGGACAAACAAUCUGAUCUGCGCUAAGCCUGUCGUCUGUAUUCCAGUCCGAUCUCAUUUCUUGCCUGAAGAUGGUGCUAUUUACGUAUCAAGUGUACUUUUUAAAAAACCGACAAAAAGCCCUAUUGUGGCUCUUUCAGAGUAGGAUUAUAAAGGGUCUUGACAACAUCUGAAACCCUUAUUCAACUGUUAGCAAUGUUAAAGAAUAAAAUACAUGUUCUAUCUAAUGGAAAGACCUCUAGCUGUCAUGGCAGCGCAGGGAUGUUUGCAAUUCAUAUCUCUGACAGUUAUGUGUUGCCGGCUCUUUGCUUCCUAGUUAACUGGAAUGGGGAAGGGGUGUGUAUAAGGAAUUAAAAGAACAGUGCUUUGGACUGGCUAAAUCCCAGUGAUCCCCAAACUCUGCCCUUCCAGAUGUUUUGGACUUCAGCUCCCAGAAUCCUAGACCAUUGGCCAAGAUGGCUGAAGUAUCUGGGAGCUGAAGGCCAAUAUAUCUGGAGGACCAGAGUUUGGGAAUCACUGCAAGUAAACUGUCCUCUAGCAAUUAAGUGAAACAAGGGCAGAGAGAGGGGAGCAUUUCUGGAAGAUGCACACAAAGUGCCUCCUCUCUCCCAUCCCAAAAGGCAGCCAGGUCAGAUAAGGCAACUGUCUUAUGCACAGAUUUAGGAGAAAAGAGGAGACCAAUGCACUGGGGCCAAAUCUCUGUUGGCAGCACGUCCCACAAGGUUGAUGCAGCCACCUGAAAGUUGUAGCUCUUGUGGCCAUGUUGACCCACUGGCCUUGUAAUACAGCACUGGCAGAAAGCAACAGUUUGGGGAAAGCUGUUAAAGCUAUGCACCACUCUGGCUAUCCAACCACAACUGGGUAAACCAGUUUAAACACAUCUAAACCAGCUUACACCAACUAGAAAUGCCACUUUGAGGAGGGAAACUUUGUUAACAAGCCAAAGCAAGAAAAGGAAGUCUAUUCCAGGUGGAAAAUCUGGUUUUUCCACAUUCCCACAGAGACAAGUUCAUCAACAGCAGACUCUUUUUAUAAAUCAGGCAGUGACCCAAGAAGAAGUACAAAAACAAAUAACUAAUAGAAUCUAUAAUAUUAUAUAAAUCUAUAACGGCUUCAUGGCAAACUAAGUAUUAAUACAAGAGUCCUUGCUACUGCACAUGUAACAAACGGAGUCCUCAAUCUGACUUUGAUUGUACUGACCUGAAAGACCUGUGUUGCCUUACACAGCCCUCUGAAAAUUUAGAUCAAGGGACAUGAUCUGCGUCUUUUUGUCUCUUUAUAUCCCGAGGCCUGGCUAUCACUCUGCUGCACCUGAAGAAGUGGGUUUAUAUCCAGAAGUGCUCCUGCUAAAAGAACCAGUUAGUAUUAAAGGUGCUGCUACAUUCCUUUCCCCCUUCCCUUCCUCUUUAAAGCUGCAAGAGACUAACAUGGCUACCUGUUUGAAAUGUAUAAUAUAUAUGUUCUUGCUGCAGUGGACCCUUGGUAUCCAUUGGGGUUUGGUUCCUGUACCCCCCCCCCCCCCCCCCCCAAAAACAGCCCAAUGGGGACUGUUCAAUCUUAGCAAGUACACAAUACUCUCUUAAUGGCUGUUGGUACCAGAGAUGGAAAACUCAGUUCGGGGUGAAGUAUAACGUUAGAGAAUACCCCAGAAAAGGGGCCAGGAUAGCUGGCUGUCAUUUUGGGCACUCCGCAUUACAACACUUAAGUUUAUAGGUCCCACGUAAUACACUAUCACAUAACAGGCUAAUGAAAAAGACAAGCAGAUCAAAGAGAAGCUCACAGCCUGCUAUUAACUUAAGCUGAGAAAAGACAAGCUUAGAGUCACUCAGUACCAGGGGAUAAUCCAACUAAUGGGGAUAGAAAGAUAUUAUUUCACACCGUUUUCCAGAGCUUCUGUGUGUGUGUGUGUGUGUGUGUAUAUAUAUAUAUAUAUAUAUAUGUUGACUUACAGCGUGAAUUUCAAACUAUUUUCUUAGGCAAGGAAUACUCAGAGGGGUUUUUGCCUGUUUGUUCCUUUGAAAUAUAGCCUAGAAGAAUGCCAAUGCAGCGAGCCUAAUACAUGCUUUCCCCUUUAUGUUUGUGGUUUAGAUACCAAUUCUUAGAGCUUUUUCUCACCCAGAAGGAAUAUAACGCUGUCUCUGGCAUUUUGCACCCUUUACGGGGCACAGAUUUCCCAUUUGGACCCUAUCAGGGGCCUGCCUCCAAACCAGGGGAAGCUCAAACUGGGAAGAUGUUACGGAGUUAGCCUUCCUCGCUUGUCUGUUGCCAGCCAUCUAGUAAUUGGAGGCAAUUGGAGACAUGUUUUCUCUGAAUACAGAGGUCCUUCUGUUUUUAGUUUUUCUGCCCAACAGCCACCCUCCAGAAAUUUCUCUAAUCUAUUUUAAAGUCUAGUAAGCCUCUGGCUAUUGCCGUAUCUCUUGGUAAUGAGCUCCAAGAUAAGGCAAAGCUCAAGAAACUUCCCCAUUAGAAGAGCUGUGAUGAAAUCUUCCCACGGCAUCUCUCCAAAACUUAUCCAGAAUCGGACGCGCGUACACAGCCUUUGGUCAUAAACUUCCCCGCUCAAGAAAGGGGAAAUUGUCUUUCUCUUAAAAUAAAGGUUUUUAUUAAGGCACCAGACCAUGUCUGUUCUUGGAAGCUAAGCAGGGUCAGCACUUGGAUAGAAGACCACCAACAAAUACCAAUCGUUGUAGGCUAUACACUCAUCACUACUGGCUAAGCUGGUUAGGGUUAGAGCAUUAAAUACUACUUUUUAAUAGCCAUUUGUUUUACAUAUGGAGUCAGAUCGUCACGUUCUUUGCCUCGGGCAGCGCAGCAUCUUGCGCAGCCUCCAUCUUACGCUUUUCCUCCUUUUCCUUUCCUUUCCUUUCUUUUGAAUGCUCAUUUAUCGUGCGGACAGAU